AUGAUGAUGACUCUAAAAGAAAAUACCGCUAAUUCAAUGCCUCCAUCUCUUGAUUAUAAUACGAAUGAAAGUCAUCGUUCACAUUCAAGUAUAUGCUAUGAUUAUCAUCAUAAUAAUCAUUGGGAGAAACCGAUUCAUACAACAUUUGAUUAUCAGCCAACCCCAUAUUCAUUUGGAGCAAUGUCUUCCACCGGUGGCAUACCAUCUAUAGAAUCAACUAAUAAAUUUAAUAAUUCAUAUUUAUCGUUCGAUCUGACUUCGAAUCAAAAUUUCUAUAGACGGCAUACUGAAUCAGUUCUACCAAUAUCCAAUUCGAUAUUCUCAACAUCGACAACUAAUCAUCCAUCAUCAAGUCCAUUUAAUUAUUCACAUACAGCAGCACAUUAUCAUCCAUCAGAACUAUUUUUCAGUUGGAAUAAUGGACCAUCACUAAUGCGUGCACAUAGUAGUGCUUCAUAUCAAGAUUAUUCGCAAUCAACUUCAUUUCCAUGUUAUAAUCCGAUCAAUUCAUCUGUAUCUCAAUCAUCAACAACUAAUAAAUCAGCGGAUAGUCUAUCAUCAAGUCGAGCACAAACAGAUUCAAUAAAUACACUUCGGACACAUAAUUAUCCAUCGUUUGUUAAUGUUAUUCCACCAAUAAAUGUGCCUGAACCAACUACACAAUCUUCAAUAAUUUCAUCUAGCUCUGUAUUUCAUUCUAAACAUUCAAAUUCGUUAAUAAAAAAACAACGUCCACGUUUAACUGCUCAACUUCGUAAUGAAAUUCUUAAACUUAAAGCAAAUCAACCAACAGUAUUUGUUUGGGAAAUUCAACAAAUUCUAUUACAAAAUGGUAUUUGUACGUCUCAAACGUUGCCAAGCGUUAAAGUUAUUCAACGAGUACUCAAUGAGUCGAAAAAACCUGUCCGUAUAAAUAAAGAAGAAAAAAAAACAAAUGUUAAUUUAGUCAUGGAAACCAUAUGUGAUAAUAUUGAAAAUAAAAAUUCGCCAAUAACAAUAUGUUUAUCUCCAUCACAAUCGUCAACAUUAUCCGAUGGGGAAUCAGCAUCGGAAUGUUCAAUAUGUCUUGAAACAUAUCGUAGUGGACAAGAAGUUAGUAUAUUAUCAUGUUCACAUGAAUAUCAUUCAUCCUGUAUCAAAGAAUGGAUGAUGAAGAAUCGUUCGUGUCCCAUGUGUAGAAAAGAUAUACAUAAUCAACCACAAUUUGUUACUUUACUGAUUUGA